UUUGUGUCCAUUGUCACCUCAGCUGUCCUGCUGAAGGUGCUUGGUGAUUGGUUGAGUGGUGCGGAGACCACUCUGAAACAGGCGAAGACCCCUGCUGGGACCAGACCACACCUUAAGGAGCUGCAGGAGAGCGUGGGGGCCCAGGGGGGCGUGGUGGCAGGGCUGAACGCUGCAGGGAAGGAGAUCAUUGGUCAGAGUACGCAGGAGGACGGAGCUCAGAUCAGGCUACAGCUCAACACCCUCAACACACGCUGGGUGAACAUCACCCAGGAGAUCGCAGAGAGGAAGAGGAGGUCUGCAGAGGCACGUACUGCAGCGAUGGGGCUGCAGGAGGACAUGGGGGAGUUCCUGUCCUGGCUGGAUGAGGCUGAGGAGGUCGUGGCCAUCCCCCUGACGCCUGGAGAUCACCACCAGAUGAACGCCACCCUGGAGAAAGUCACGGUACGGUCAACAACAACAACUAGUCUGUCUCCUAGUCUAUAUUACUGGCCAGGGAACAUCUCUCACUAG